GGGAAUUCGAAACCUCACAAAAAUGGUAAUACCGUCAAUUAUCUCACUCAAAUAAUCUUUCAGCAAGUGUAAUCAAUGUUGUUUUAGUUUAUUACCUGGUUUAUUAUCUACCCGUUUAAUGCCAUUAUGGGAUCUGCACCAUCUGCUGCUUCAACCACUUUUCAGGAGAAUGGGAAAGAAACCAAUGCAAUCACUUUAUCAAAACGUACGCCUGAGGUAUCAUCACCAGAUUCGGACACUGACAUUUACAUCGACAGUGACAGCGAAGAGGAGGAUCUUGUUACAGUUACGGUAUAUUACAAUGCAUUCAAGGAAGAAACCUUCGAACGCUUAAAAAAGUCGGCAAACAUUCUGCACGAUGCCAGAUCUGCAAACGAAGAGUCACGUAAAAAACAUCACAGGAUUCAAGAGUUAAGUUUUAUUUGUAAACUCUAUUUCGAUGCAGAGAAAAGGGGCUUUGAAAGGCCACUUUAUGAAAAAUAUCAAAAAGAACUAUGUGAAGUUUUGUUGCAAAUGGAUUUAUUGAACAUGUUUAUAGAAAUACUUGACGAAGAAACAAAAGAUACCGGGGAUAUUACCGAAGCAAGUGACAACCGAAUCAUGAUACUGGUGAUGGGAAUUCUCCAUAAUUGCACAGACAUAUCAGAUAAAUUUGCAAUUGCAGUUGCUGAGACGAAAGUGCUCGAGAUGACCAAAACAAUACUUGAUACAAACACGAAAAAUGACAUCCAAAAUGAGAGGCUAAAGCGUGUUAUUUCAAGCUGCCAUGGAGUCGCUCAUAACGUCUCUAUGAGAGAAGAGAAUGUGGAACGUCUCAGAAGUCUUGAUUUCGUGACUACGGUGGCCCCUUAUCUUAAAUCUCAAGAAGCAAUGAUUCGAAUAUCAGCACUUGCAACAUUAGCAAAUAUCGUCACAGAAAAGGAAUGUCUCAUCAUAGGCAAUCAUAUUCUUGUUGUGGCUCAACUUUUGAUGCUUUUGAACGAAGGCAUGGCAACUGAAAGUCGUAGAUGCAACGGCUGGUCAUGCAAGGAGUGUGCAUUAGCUAUACGACAGCUUGCUAGAAACGAUGCCAACAAAAAACUGCUGAAUGAGUUGAAAGCACUCCAGUCAUUAAUUGAAUUAGCAAAAUCUGAGGAUAAAGAGGAACAGAUUGAAAGUCUACUCGCAAUUUUAGCGUUGUCUUUUGACGAUAGCAUUCGUAGUGAUAUGACGCAAACAUCAGAACUUGGCGUAGUUGAUUUAUUAUUGGAUCUCAAAGAAUCUUCUGAUGACCAAAAGAUUAAAAGUGCCUGCGAAAAGACAUUGUGGAAUGUAAAGGAUGAUUUGUUAUUGUCUCCAAUCCCUUCUUACAAGAAAGCAGGUGAACGUAUGCAAAAGAAGAAUGAUCCAGAUACAAACACAGGACAUGUAAUGAUAUCAUACCAGCGUAAUGACAGGAAGUUUCUUCUUACUAUCAGAGACAAGUUGAAGGACAGUGGCUUUAAGGUAUGGAUGGAUGUGGACAAAAUGGGUGGAUGUGUGUACGAAACGAUGGCAGAUGCUGUAGAAAAUGCAAGCAUUUUUCUGAUGUGCUAUUCAAGGAAGUACAAGGAAAGUGAAAAUUGCCAGUACGAAGCUAAAUAUGCACACAAGAAAAAGAAAACAGUUAUUCCCCUUAAAAUGGAAAGAGAUUAUGAUCCGGACGGCUGGUUGGGACUUCUCCUGAAAUCGGACUAUUUUCUUGAGUUUUCUGGAAAAUAUGAUACUGAAGACAAGUUCAAAGAACUGCUUGCUCGAAUCAAGACACUAUGGUCCCAUGGACAGGACAUAGUUGAUACACCUGUGAUUGAAAAGGAGCAACAACCAGUAUUAGCUAAGACGAUAGACGAAGUAGACGCACCUCCAAAAAUGUGGCCAAAUAAAUUUGAAGAAAGACGGAUUAUUCCUUGCUCAGCUAGAAUCAACAUUAUAAAGGGAUGGAACCAACAAGAUGUUAAUAAAUGGCUUGAAAGCAAUGAUUUGAAAAAUCAAGGUAUAGACAACAUCACAGCGUUGGAAAUUUCCUUGAUGGUAAGGAUGUUGACUGAAGUUCCAGAACAGCUCUAUGAAUGUUUAAGACAGGAUCUGAAGAUAAAGACAUUAUCAACAAAGGCGAAGAUCGUAUGGGCUCUAGAUGACUUAGUACACACGGAAGAUGAUAUUCAAUAGACAACUAUCCUGGUAGUGAAUCUUUUAAGACUCUCGGCAAUUUCCGUUUGAUUACGUAUUCUUAUUCGGCUAUUCGGCAUUCUUCGGACGUAAAUUUAGCUGAUCACGCACAUUGUCUUCCGUAAAAAGGCGGAAAAUGCCGAAGUUCCAUACAGAGAAUACGUAAUUUUCUGAUUGUUAUUACAGGUCAACUAACAUAAGUAGUCAGAAAUUUUGUUAUCUACAUCUAAAUUACGUAUAUAUGUAUUGUAUUUAUUUCAGUGUUAAUAAGCUACAGAUAAGGAUGAUUUUAUUUGAUGAUUUCAGACGUGAAGUGAACAUUUCACUUUUAAUAUUCAAUUUUAUCAUUCAGCAGACAGCUGUUGGCAUAAAUGAUAGUUUAUACGAUAGUGAGCUAAUUUUUGUAAGUAUAACUGAAUCCCAUAAAAGCACUUUUAAGUGUGAAGUGAUAGAUAUCGGUCUGUUACGGAUUUUUGCUUCAUGGCAUGGUGAUAGACCGAGAACGUUAGUGUGUAGAUAUAUCUUAACCCAUCAUUUUGUUCUACUUUACACAAUCAUAUAUUAUACAGUCAUAUUAGUCAAGCUGGAGCUAGGCAGAAAGGAACGGAACAUGGUCUGUAUUACACCCAGAUACAUGCAAUAUUAGGAUUAAGACAUAAUGUGGUUAUUUACUUUUAAAUAUUUACACUGUCGUUUCCAUGAUUAAUAUGUGGUCGAAAUCAGUGCUUAUGUUUUUAACUUGUGUGUUUAUUUGUGUAAUUACUUUAUUUGCCUGGGAAUCAUGUUUUUUUCUUUAUAAUGUUUUUUCUUGUAUAGUUUUCGUGCCCAUAUCGAGCAUCGUUCGUUAUUGCAAUCAUUUUAUAUGUUAGAAAUAGCACUGUGUUAGGUUUAUUUGUACUGAAACCGGCUUUAUUUAGUGCUUUGAGUAUGUCUACUUCUAACCAUUUUUAUUUUGUUGAUCAUUAUUCAUUUCUUGAUAUUUGACAGGGAAAUGCAAAAUCUCUAUAAAACUGCUUUGCGUUCAUCUAAAUUUAUUACUUGUUCAUGACUCAUGCCCACGCUAUGGAGUGGAUGCCCACGCUAUGGAGUGGACGCUUACUUUCAGCGCUAGUUAAAACUAGUCGUUACGGGUUUUGACAUGUCAUUGAAUUACAUUGUAUAUGUUAACGCUAAAGUAGUAUGUACAUAAAAUAUUCUGGAAUUCUUGCACUUUUAUUGCGUAAAGUUUAAUCUAUGAAAAAAGUAGUAAACAGGUAAACGAAAAAUGUGAUUUGGUUAGUAACUUAUCAUUAUCUAUAUCUCAAACACCCAUACACAAACGAAAACCAUUAUGCGAGCAUAAAAAAGUGUCUCCUGUCCCAUUGAUGUGAUCCACAUAUUAGAUAUAUUUAAAUACCAGAUGACUGGUGAUACGUAUCCACAACAUAUUGGAGAUAUGAUAAACUUACUGUUAAGGGCAUGUACAAUUAAUUCACGUUUUUUUUUUGUAUUAAGAUAAAUUUUAUUUUUUAUUUUUUGACAACAUAUGCAAUGUGCAUGUAUUGCAGAUACAUAAAACAUUUUGAACUAAAUAAUUACAAAACACUUUAGACCAGAGAAAGGUAAACGGGUUGUAAAUCAAGUUCAUCUAACAUCGGUGAUUCAGUCCGUCCCCGAAGAUAAAGAUGUUGAAUAUCACCUUAUGGACUACGUACAACUGAAUGGUUGCAAUUAAGGUUUUCGAAAAACAGUUUUGCAAUGUACAUUCACCAGAAACAUUCAGUAUGUAUUCCGAUUGUGCUAUAUAUUGCAUGUGUUAUGUAAUAUAGUUUACGUUUUCUGUUUCAUUCAUAUAUAAUAUAUUUUAUGAAUUUCGUUUCUUUUGAUUAUAUUGUCUUCCAUUCCUUUUUGGCGGAAAAAAUAAAACGGUUUGUCUUAGCGAACGAAGACAGUCUUACAGUCUAUGUACACUACUAUUGUGAUUUCUGGGAUUUCUUUCAUUACGGAUAAAAUGAGUAAUUUAGCGUGAAAAAAAAGCUAUUAUAUGAAUGUUAUUAUUACAGAGGUCAAUAAAUCAUUUCUAUCAUG